UACGGCGCCUUUCCUGCACGUAUGAUGCCAUGUAGCUCAACAGACGGGCCUGCGCGGACCGCAUUCAUGGCCCUGUCCGGUCUCUGUCCGUGGCUUCAGACAUAUACAGGACUCGACACCGUCAUGCGCACCCUACCAAUCACCAGAGCGCAGGCACCGACGAUGAAGCAGGGAUGAUCUGCGCACGGCCGCACCUAGGAUGUGUGCCCGUACCAGGGCAUUGUUCCAUCGUUUUCCAUCUUUGGAAUUCCUUUGGGGUGCGAUGGGAACGCCUUCUUCGUUGACGGACCAAGGUGAGCAACAGACAACGAUACUACGGCUACGAUAUUGUCGCUCGUGGCGGAUAGCAAGGCGGCGCUACAGCCCGCGGCAGACAUCAACGAACGCGCCGAAAGGCAUCACACGGCGCGCACAAAGCCCAAUUUUGUACCUGCAACGCGCCGUGCCCGCCGGGAGGGUGCAGGCGCAUCGCGGGAUGGGUACCUGCGUACACCUCCUCCUGCCCCUUACUGAGUGCGUGAUCUGGCUACAGGCGUGAUCAGCAUUAGCCCAGGCUCGGGUAAGAAAGUGGGUGGGUAGGGGAUGGUGGCGGAUAUAUAAACAUGAGUCCGGUGCUCUCGUCCAUCGUCCGUUUGCGACUUCAUACG